AGCUGUAAAGAAUAAUAGUUUAUUAUUUUCAUAAUUUUCAUAUUUUGGAAUAUGACCAAUUCUUGCUGAAUUAGGAAAUUUUGUGAUAUUUUACUCAUAUAAAGAAAGUAAUAUAUUUUUAUGCAUAAAAUAACACUAAAUCAACAGAAAAGAGUUGAAGAAAUAACUGGAAAAUUACUGGAAUUAAGUCUUUGCUGUGGUUACUUAGCUCCUAUGGAAAUAUGAAACUUAAUCAUUUCCUAACUUGUUUUCUUAGUAAAAGGAUUUUCAAGAUAGUUAGCAGUUGUAGCAAUAGAGGUGUGUGUGUUGACUUUUUGAACACUGGUUAGACACAGUCCCAGUUUGUAGUGGAACCAGUGCUUGAUUGUUUCCUGUGUUAAGGUGUAUGGACAAGAAUCAGUUGUUUGUAUCAACAGAUCAUUUCAUUGACUGACAUGUUACACACCAUUGACAGGACCAUCAGUUCCUCAACACAAACCCCGGAAGUGAUUGUACUGCAGUCAAAGUAUGCCAUGAUGUCUGUAGUCGGAAUUUGCAUCAGGACUUCGGGAAAAACAGUUUUCUAGUUUGAAAUAGAACCCAAAAGCACAGGAAAUAGAAACUAGUAGAUGUAAAUUGAAAGUUUUAGUAAAUAUAGACAUUCAACCCCAGUGCAACAGUUUUGUACUUUUGGCAGUUUCUAGAUGAACUAUGUGAAAAUUAAUUUUUUCAUUAAACUUAUUUCAUGUUAUUUGUAGUCGAAAUCUUUAACUAAAGAGUGUUGAUCAUUACAUGGACUAAAGUCAGUUAAGAAAUAAAAUACUUAUGGAAGGGAAAUCAAAACAUAGAGUGCCAGGUAUCCUUGUACAAGCAGAUAGACCCACCGUAGGGCAUGUUUCUAGCUUUGUAGACCUAUUUCGACAAACUUUCGCUAGUGUCAAGUCUGUACCAAACACUGGAUCAACAUCUCCUCGCAGUCUACAAGUUCUGAAUGGUGGAGGUUUGUUAGGUGAUGAGAUUGUGAACAAUAGAAUGAGUUCUCCUCCAAAACGACAUCUUGCAGACGUACGUUAUUCUUCUCUGUCACCAAAGCAACAUGGAAGACAUGACAAGCAACACUACGGCUCAGCAGGAGAUGUCACCUCUGUCUCCAGGAUGAAUGAGAACAACAAUGCUCCAAAGAAACUGAGAAAGGAAACAACCUUACCAGAUAGUACAUCCAACCUUGCCACUGACACUGUACCUCCCUCACUUGACAAAGUCUCACUUACACCUCCCUUUCCUUCUAACGAACACAGUAGACAAUCUGCAGGUGCUGGUAUAGAAAUAAGCACAACAUCAGGAGAGAUACAUGGAGAGAAAGUCAGUAAACUUAGAACCAAACCAAAAGAAGUAAGGGAAGAUACAGCUUUCGCUGCUGGCACUGACCAUGUCGAAAGUGAUACAAGUAGUGUAAAUGAGAAUGAUAUGGUGGACUUGAAACAUCUACUGGAUGUUAAAACAGUUGUAGAAGCUUUUGAAAGGAAAAGAAUUAUGAACACAGUUGAUUCAGAUAACAUUAAUCUGGAUGAAUUUGGUGCUGUUGGUGGAGAGUCAGUUGAAGAAGUUCAAGGGAUUUUACAAAAAAGCCCUUCUGAUUCUCCACAGAAAAAGUCAUCUUCAGUACAGUUUAAUGAUGAAGUGACUGUGGAAAUGUUUUCACAAACUGAUCCCACAGCUUCAAGCACCACCAAGGCAACAUUAGCACAAGGUGAUGGUCCUUCACCAAUUGCAAGUCUGAGACUUUCUAGAGUCACAGCUCCCAGUGAGUCUGGUUUUGAAAGGGAAAUAACCAGAAAACAAAAUCAGCAAUACUUGAAUGAAGCAGAAUCUUCUGCAGAGGUAAGUCCAGAUUUUACAAAAUUAUCAGCCAUGCAAUCUGAAAUGAAGAACAAAGAAUCAAAGCUUGGCAGGAAAAAUAGCGUGCCAAAACUUUUAUCACCUGCUGAAUUGCUACACAGAAAACAAAAAGCUGCUGCUUCUAAUCAGAUGCAAAGUGCAAGUAUAUUACCUUCAACUUCUACAGGAACAGACCAAAACAUUCACCCAGUUUUGCAAGGAUCUGAAACAACUGAAGACGGCAAAAAAUCACAGCCAGUAGAUCCUGGCAGUGUUGGAGGCAGAUCUAGCCCUCCUAGUGAUGACGAAUUUCCUUUACCUUUUGAUUCAGACAUAACAAUGCCUGGGAAAAGCAAUGCAUAUGGCAAAUCCAUGGCACAGUCUGGCGCGAAUAGCAUUUCUGACGAAAAAUGUAUUGACAGUAAAAUUACUGAGAAUACUCAUUUAUCCAUUACAAAAUCUAAUGAAGAUAAUUUCACAUUGUCUGGGUAUGAAUUUACUGAGUAUAUGAUUGAAACAGAUACACAUAAAGACAGAAAAGAAUAUGAACAAGGAAACGGUAUUAGAAAUACAAAACAUAUGCCCUUCCCUACAUUACCAGAGCUCCAGCAGAAGAUACUAAAUGAAAAUUUUAAUGUUGCGCAUACUUACCCUGCUACAGCUAAUAGAGGUCAUGGUCAAUUUUCAGCAGAGAAAAAGUCUGUAGAUACAAAAACAGUCAGUUCUGGUUUAAGUUAUACACCACCCUCAAAACUACACCAGAAGGUUAUGGACAUGGUGAGAUCAGGUAUAAUUACACCAGGAAUAGGUGCAUUUAGCUACAUUGCCCAACCAGAAUUAUGCAAAGUGCAACAAGAUAUUGAUAAAAGUACCAUCAAAGCUGAUUCAAGUAAUGAAUUACCUAUUUCUGAUGAACACUACAUUGUACCUUCAAAGUCUAAACCUAAGGAUGAAAAUCAAGAAAAGCUUAAUGUACUAAGCCCUAGACUUGGUGCCUUUAGCUAUUUGUCUCCUCCAGAACCACUGAACAAACCUGAAGAAUUAAGUAAAAAUACUGCAAGAGAUUCUGCAAGCAAAGAAGAGGUCAACACCAGUAACGUGGUAGAUAUAAAAUUACCUGAAGAGAAAAGCAUCCAAAAUUUAAAAGGUCUGCCUUAUAAAGCAUUGUUGAAGGCAGAAUUGAAGGAAUUGGAGCAAACAAAAGAAAAGGCAAAACAUUGGAUGAAAAGAAAUAAGAGGAAACAACAUUUGGAUAGCUUAUGGAGAUGGACACAAAAUAAUUCUCAGUCAGAUGUCCUGCUUAAGAAGGCUUUGUCAAAUGCAUCCACUUAUGGUUUGAUGAGUAGUCAAGAAAGUUUGAACUCUGGUAUAGAUAGUGAAUUCAAAUGUGAUAAUGACCAUGAUGUUGACCGUGAUGUUGACCAUAAGUUGAGAGAAAAGGACAUGCAUUUAUAUUGGAAAGAUUGGAGUGAUGAGGAAAAAAAGGAUGCUGUACCUAAAAAAAUGUUCAAAGGAACUAUAAGAUACAAUCCGCUAGAGCCACGAAAGGAAAAUGUUGAACAGUGGCAAAAGAGAUGCAAGAGAAAAGAAAGGUUGGACAACAUACAGAGAUGGACUCAAGAUCAUUCUCAGUCUGAUAUCCUGCUGAAGAAAACAUUAUCAAAUGAAUCAACAAGUAAUGUCAUAAGUAGUAAAGAAUGUCUGAAUUCUGACCUUUAUGAGAGUACAAGGAGAGACGAUGACGAAUAUAUAAGAGAAUCAGAUGGAACUUGUCUGCAUGAAACUCUUGCAUACAUCAACCAUAGACUGAUUAAUUUCUUGUUACGUAUCCAGGACAAGCAUGUUAAUGACAUUCCAAUAAGUGAUGAUGAUUUUAAAGAGCUAAUGCUCUUACAGUCAUUAAUCACUGAAGUAUCAAACCAAAUUGAAGAAGCAGAAAAGUCAGUAGAUGAGGUAAAGUCAAAUUUGACUGAUGAAGAGGCUACUGUUACACAAGACGAAGAGAGGAUCUUGUUGAAUAAACUGAUGCAUCAGCUGGCAUGGGCAAGAUGCAUGCUGUUUACUGCAUGCAACAGCAUGGCUGGUAAAAUAUCUGAUCUUAGAGGAACAUCUGUUGAUUCAAUUGAGAGUGGGUACUUAGCUGAGACUGAUGCAGAUGAAAAUGAGACUGAAUCAUCUGUUGAUGUUAGGAUAUUUCCACAAGGAAGUUUUAGUUUGUUCAAGAGUAUAUCAAGUGACACUGGCUAUACUGGUGAUGUAGAUGAUUCUGAUAGCAGGACUGUUAAUUCCAAAGAAUUUGUAGAUAAAUGGUUGUAUUCAAAUAAGUUUUCAGAUGAAACUGCAAAAACUAUGUCAGAGAAGCAAGAAGUAAAUGAUACAAAGGUAAAAAGUAAUACACAUGACAAAAAUGUUGAUAGAAAGAUGGAACAGAUUCAGACUGAAAGCUGUAAUCUGGAUAAAGAUGAAGCAGAUAAAAGUGGAGAUAUAUCUGUCACUGAAGAUUCAUUAGAAGUACAUGUCCCAGAGAGUGAAGGGAGUUCAGUAGAAUUUUCACCAAGAACAAUCAAGAUGAUGACAUGUUUGGAGUACCCUGAGGAUACAAGGGAAGUGGAAGUGGAUCUUGGCCCAUCUUAUGUAAGGCUAGAUAGGGAGGGAUGGUACAGUGUCGAAGAUGAGGCAGAAGGGAUAACUGCAGAUGAUUUACAACACCAUUUGUUGCUCAUGGAAGGGUCACCGGACAGGGGUCAAAGGUUGUUUGGGUCAUCACAGAAUCUUGACAGGAGAGAUGGUGGUGGGGGAAAGAGGAAACAGGCAUCCCGAAGUAUGACACCUGACUCGCGUUUCAUGCUUGACAAGGAAGUUACGGAGAGUCAGAAUCGCAAGCUUCAGACAGAGAUAGCGACGUUACAGACCGAGAAUAAACUGCUGAAAGAGAAAUACAACCGUGCUCAAGGAAGGAUCUCAGACCUGGAGACCCAGCUGUCAGAAGCUCAGGAAGAUCUCGGUAACCUACAGGAAUCUCUGAACCAGGAAGUGUCCGAUCUCUCAGCAAGGACUAAACAGGAAAUCAGCAGAGACAGGGAUGGUCUCGAGACAAAGAUCUUGGCUCUGUCAAAAGAAAAUGAGGCCUUCAAAUCUGAGAUUUCGAGUCUAGAGAAGAAAUUAGAGAGCUCACACAGGGCAACAGAUAUGGCAAGACACAACUCUGAGAAAUCUCGCACGUUAGAGGCACAGAGAUCAGAAAUAUCCUCUUUAAAGGAAGAGUUGGGUAGAGUGAAGGCACUGCUAGAGCAGAGUGAGAGACAUCUACAUGAUGAGGAGGAAAGACACAGUGCUGCAGGGAAAGAAAUAGUCAAACUGACAGAACUGAAAAAUGCUUUACAACAACAGUGUGACACUGGGGGAAGUGCUCAAUAUACUGAUAAACAGCUAAAAUCUCUGGAGAAGAGACUGAAGGUAACAGAGGAUAGGUUACACCAGGAACGUGCUGACAGGGCUAACAAUCUUUCUGCUGUAGAGGACAAACUGCUCACAGAAAAUGCUAAACUCCAGGCUUCAGAGAAGGAAUUAAGUCGGCAGCUGCAUCGCGAGAAGGAAAAGAACCGUAAUUUCGAACAACGAGUCAAACAGUUACGUGAAGAAAAUGAGAAAUUACGAUUAGCUAUGCCAUUUGAUGAUGCGGCACUUCUAUCAAAUAAGGGAAAUUAUGAUAUACCAUACAGUAGUCAUAGUAACCAGAGAGCUGAAACUAUGAAGCACAUUUCUGAUGAUAUGAAUUAUAUACUGUCACAAAUUGAGAAACAAGAUGGCCUCCAAUCCUGCGUUGAUGAGGAAAUUAUACGUACACUCUGGAACAAACGGGAACUGGCAUAUAGACAGUUGCGGGAAUAUGAUCUUCAGUUUCAGGAGUUACACAUUACUGAUAAUAACAUUGCUGAUGGCCUCAAGAACUUGAGAGAUACGUACGGUCAAGCAGAGUCAAAGUUACGAGAGAUGGAGGAGCAAGUAGAGGAUGCUAAGGCUCAUGUGUCAACCUUAGAUGCUACAUAUCAACAGCAACUCACUGUGUUAGUUAAUGAAAGACAUGAAGCAUUUGCAAGAUUGAAAACAGCAGAAGAUCUGCUGGAGGCAGUAAGGGCCGAGAACGAAAUGUUACAUUGUAAUUUGUCAGUUGGUCAGUCAAGUCUGGGACACAGGCAACCAGGUGGACAUACUGGAAAGAAUGCUGAGGCUUUACAAGCUGAGGUUACAAACCUGGAAAGUAAGGUAUCACAACUGACAAGAGCCAGUCAGCUGAUGGAGGCGGAGCAAAAAACUAUACAUGUUCAACUUGAUGCAAGAGAUCAAGCAUUAAAGGAUGUACAGACAGAGUUAGAUCUGGCCUAUAGUAGGCUCAAGGGAGAUGACACAGAGGACAGGAAACAAGAGAAAAUAGACAAACUCUCUGCUCAGGUGAACAGUCUUCAGGUUGAACUGAGACUUAUAACAGACAAAUGUAACAGUAUAUCCUCGGAAAAUACAAAACUAGAGUCUGAUAUCACCAGUCUGAGGAAACAAGCUGGUUCACACAAAACCCAGCAACAUAAAUCAGAACAAAGUGACAGCAAGACUAUACACCAGUUGAAGGAUGAUAUUGAGGAGAGAGACAGUAAGCUAACCAGUCUAACUAAACAACUAGAUGACCUGGAAAACCAGCUACAGAAAACCAGACAAGAUCUGUAUAUAGAACAAAUGCAUACUGCAGAAUUAGAAUCAGAGAAUGAAAAUCUGCAGCAGACAGUAAGUCAGAGGGCCCAGAUGUUUGAGUCUCUGAGUGGCAGUGAGAGAGAGCAGCUGGCACAGUACCAGAUACUCAAAGAAACACUGGAUAGUGUCAGUCAGGAGCUCGCACAAAAACAUGCACAGAUAAUAUCCCUGGAUGUGAACCUCAGCGGAGCACGAGAUCAGUGUGCAGAGUUGGAGGAGGAGGUUAGAAGACUACGCAAAGUUCAGUCUGGAGGUGACGAGGAACAGGAGGGGUUCACAGAAGACGAGCAGAGCUCUGCCCACCAACUCAAGAUCAAAGAGUUAGAGAAAGAAAGAUCUCUUCUCAAGCAAGAAUUAGAGCAAGCAUACAGUGCAAUACAAGCAUCAGAGGAACAGUACCGUACACUACAGACUGAGAGUGCUCAGUUAGAACAAGAAUUAGUCAAAGAAAAAACAGUUAUUCUACAAAUAACUGCAGAAAAAGGCGAAAUAGAGCAACAUUUAGAGGAAUUAGCAGAAGAGCAUGAAUCUUUGAUACAAGAGAAGACACAGGCUGAGGAAGAUCUGAUAAAGUUAGAGACAAAACUGCAGGAAAUAUUACAGAAAUACGAGACCCAGGCCAGGAAACAACACAACAACUUUGAACAGGAAUACCCGGGACUUCCCCCAGAGGCACGGCAGCUUAUAUCAGAACUGGAAGCUUUGACACUGAUAGUAGAGGGUAAAGAAAGAGAGAUCAGUAUCUUCACUGAUAAACUCAACCGUCAGAAUAUAGAGAUAGAUUUCUUGCAUCGUAAAGUGGAGUUGGUGCACAAUGACAGUAUAGCAAACAGAGAGGAUAUAGCUAGAAUGAUCUCAGAGCUCACACUUAAGAUGAAAGAGGCAGUAUCAACAAGGGAGGUAAAUCAGUUCCUGGUAGGGGAGAGAACCAAGCUACAGAAUGAGAAAACUCACCUGGAGAAGGAACUUGACAUUGAGAGGAAGAACAAUGAUGAAAGGAAGAAAGAGAUCCAGGAUGUUAUAAGAAAAAUUGAGAGGACUGAAACCAGUCAGAAAUCAACUGAAAAAGAUUCUCGUAAUAAAGACAAUGCUAUUAUCUCCCUUGAAUCAGAAUUACGCAAUACAAAACAUAACUUAACAGGAAUGGAAACAGAAGUUGCUCAGCUGAGGAAUAAAUUAGAUCAUUUGAACGAAGACCUUAAAAACUUAACGGGUAUUAAUGGAUCUUUGGAGAAACGUCUAGAAACGGAAAAGAAUUCUCUAAUGGAGGAGAAAAAUGCCGUUUCCAAAUGGAAAGAGGAAUAUAAGACAUUAUCUCAUGACUUCGAAGUUUUACAGCAUGACCAUACCCUGCUGUGUGAUAAAUACCAGACGGAAUUAGAAACUGUUGAUAAAUUAAAAAGAGAGCUGGAGGUGAGAGAGGAGGAGGUAUCAACAAUGAGGGAAGAUCUCAGCAACACUAAAGUAGAGUUAGACAGUAACAAAGGCCAGCUCCUCAUCACCAAGGACACUGUACAGAAAUUAACUCAGGAUAAAAGCACCAUUUAUCAAGACUAUGAGGGUAUGUGCCGCUCACUUACAGAGAAGGAACGACAGUUAACUGAGCUAAAAGAGAGAACAAGUGAGAAAAUAGAGCAUCUGAAAAAAGAACAUAUGCAAGAAAAGCUUCGAUUGGAGCAAGAUAGGGCAGCGGCAGUACAAGAGAAAGAUAUGGCCAAAAAAGAGAUGGACAAUAUAAAUGAACAGCUGAGACAGAAAGAGAUACAGCUCAACACGUUUGGUAAAACUUUACAGGAGUUGGAAUCAGUUACAAGAGAGAAGAAACGACUAGAGGCUCAUCUCCAGAAUCUGGAGUCUUCUUCAGGGGACUCCAAAGUGCUACUUGAUGGACAGAGAAAGGAGUUGAUGGCCCUUAAUGAAGCCCUUGCCAAACUGCAGGAGAGAAAUACACGUUUGGAAGCUGAGAACCACACCGUUCAUGCUGAUCUCAAGGCCCAGAAGGAAUCUGGGAACAGGGAGGCUCAUGAACUGAGUAUUGCAAUAAAUGAACUGAAAUCUCAGCAUGAGAAUGAGCGACACUACCUCAAUGAUAAUCUUAGUCAGACUCAGACAAGAUUACGUUCAGUGGAAGCAAGUCUGGCCUCGGCAGCCAGUGAUCGAGAUUCCCUGCAGGCAAAAGCACGUCUACAUGAAAACACGAUAGAAGAACUUCAGUCAAAGAUGUCUGACGAGAGUACAGGACGUAGGUUGGCAGAACAGUCUGUAGGAACACUGAGGCUUCAGCUAGAGGAUAUGAAAAAUGACAAGAAUGUAGCUGAAGCGAGGUUUGUGGAAAUGCAGAACCAGCUGAUGAAGGCAGAGGAUAAAUUAAAGAGAGAGGAGGAGAAGUGUAUGACUCUGUCUGCACAGCUUCAAGAAGUGAAUGCUGUCUCUCAUACCACCAGAAGUAACAUAAAAGCCAAGUCAGAACAAGUGGAUAUGCUGCAGAAAGAGAUCUGUAACUUGAAGCAAAUGAUAGAAACGCAGAAGCAGAAUCUAAAUGGUAAAAUGAAGAAAUCAACAUUAGAAUAUAAACAACAGAUUGAAAAUAUAGAGGAGGAGAAAGAUAAGUUACAGUUACAGAAUCAACAGUUAUCAUCAGAUCUCGACUCCUGUAGGGAACAUAUUGCUAGUAAAAAUAAAGAAAAUCUUAAGCUACAAGAAGAGAUAUUGGUGCUGGAAGACAGUGUGAGGGAGUGCAAGGUGAAACAGAAACAUGCUGAGGACACACUACGUGUUGAGGCAGACAAACAAGCAGAACUUAAUGCCAGCUUGGAAAUGGAGGAGAAAUGGCUUCAGCUUGAAGAUAAAUGGUUUGAGGCACAAGAGGAAGAACUGAAGAGACUACGCAACUUCCUUGCCAAGAAAGUGGAGCAGUCUGGUGACUCAGAUAAAACCAUGUGGCAGGAGAUGAAUCGUGUGAUUCAAGAUUUGAGUAGACAGAUGACCAGUCACUUGGACUCUACAAGAGGUGGAGACAAGGACAAAAGUCCAGAGUCAUUGGUAUCUAGAUUACGAAAACAGCUUGCAGAUACACAAGGUGAACUGAGCACGGAGAAAUCGCUCCACCAGAUCACGAAGACAUCAUUGGUGGCACUAGAGGAGGACUGUCAGAGACUGAGGAAACAGCUACAUCAGCACAGGAGACGGGAUCCACCUUCAGGAGAAAAGAAACAUAAGAACCGCAUGGAGGCCAUCAAUGCCAUAAUUGCUCGAUCACAGUCACAGGCACAAGCUCUUCUAGCUUCUGGUGGUUACUUCGAUGACAGCAUGGUCAGCCCACGAGUCCGCUCACACCAGCCCAGUCCCAGAGUUGGCUUCCACAGUCCACGUCAUGCAGAAUCCCCCGACAACUCCUACAGUGAAGAUUUGUCUGUUGCCAGUCUACCUCCAAUGCAUUAUGGUUUACCAGCCUCUAAAUCAUAGUAUAGCUUGUACAAACUGUACUGUACAUUAAAUUAUAGUUACUGUACAGUUUGUGCGUACUCUUCUGUUCAGUAAAUCAUAGUUAUUGUUUAUUUGCAUACUGUACUCAGUAACUGGCUAUAGAGAUUAGUCGUCAUGAAUUAUUUGUCAAACGGAUAAAACUGCCAGUUUCCUAAAGAAGAUAUUGUCAGUAACAGUGAUAUUAGAUCAUCUGUAGAAAUAUUUUAAUAAAUAGUUAUUUAUUAAUUUUGACGAUAUAUUUGUUGUCUGUAUUUAUAGGCCUAAUAUUUUAUAUGUUUAUAUGAAUUUCUGUAGAAUUUAAGUCAAUAGUUAUCCGUCCACUGUGUUUACAUAUUCUCUUUAUAUAAAAAAAAACUUUUGUAUUAUAUCAGUCAAAACCAUUUAGUGGUAUGUAUGAUUGUUUACUAUAUGAACUACUAGUUACUUAGUAUUGGAAUUUAAGUUUAGCUUCCGUCCACUUUAUUUAAAAAAUUUACAUACUAUAUAGUUAUCCUGAUUAUAUUUCUGUUCAUUUCCAUUGCACAUUUUUAGUUAUUGUACAAAAUUGUCUUGAAAGUGUUAAAAUUAAUUACUUAAUAUAUGGUGUGUUUCCUGUAAAAUGUUUUAAGCUACAAAACUUCUGAGAUUAAUAUUUGUGAUUUAUUAUUAUUGUACCUGCAAUAUCAGAUGUGUAAACGUUGGAAAUGUAAAGGGCAUUCCUUGCAAUAUAUUGGUAUAAAGCAGUAACGGUAAUGUGUUCAUAGCCAUUAAAACAAUGUGUCUCAUAUAUCCUGGCAGAAUUUUGGGUCUUCACUGUUUUUAUCUCAUAUUUCAUCAUUUAUUCAGAAAUAGGUUUAGAGCCAUUCUGCAAAACCAUGAUAUUAAUUUCAAGAUACUAGUACUUGGUUCUUCAUGAAAUAUUUUUUGUGCCCACGUUGCUCUUGUUGGUCUGUCUGUUCUGAUCAAUAACUAGAUAAUGCUUUGACCUGCUGUUAUCAUAAGUUGGAUCACAGUGGUCAUUGGUAAAUCCUAAGCUUUUUAUGUCAGCUGGUCAAAGGUCACAGUGAUAUUGAAGCUGGAAACAAUUUCCACUCCAUAACUAAUAUUUAGGCCUACAUUCCUACACAAGUGGAUAGUCUGUAGACAGUAGAUGACCCAAAAUGUUUUUUGAAUCAUUGAAAAUGGUUGCCAUCCAAUAUCUGAAGCACUCAUAGGUUCAAAGCCUCCAGGUUUUAUAGUGUGAUUCAUAUCGUUUUAGGGUCAGUGCAUUAAAGGUCAAGUCAACAGUGACCCUCAGGUCUGUUCAGUACCAGAAAAUAUUACAUACACAGUUUCCUCUGAUAUGUGUUUACCAAUCUUACUUCAUAACUGGUAGCAAAACCUUAAACCUGAAACAACUUUUUGUUGCAGUCAAAUCAUUUUGGCAAUCAUUUCAAGGUACUCAAUUACAGGAACAUGUGUAUAUAUAUAUGUAAAUGUAUAUCAACAUUUCAGGUUAUUCGCUGCAACGACUGCCCCUUGUUUAACAAUAUGUUUAUCAUCAUAUUAUUAGGCUCAUCUUGCAUACCGUAAUAAUGUUCCAUUGGUAGAUAUACAGUGUUAAAAUACAUUGACAUCAUGACUCAUUCAUUUAAAAGGAUAUUAUUCAUACUGGACUACAUGAGGGAAAUUGAGCUAUCUAAAUUAAAAUUAAGUGUAUAUAUAACUUCUGAGUAAAACCCACCAUUGUAUUGUCUGUUAUAUGUAUGUUCAAUGUUUACACAUGUCUGUGAUACACACUAAAGCACACACCAAAAAUGCAUUUGGAAUCUUAAUAUAUUUUAAAGAUAUUCAUUUAGUUUUAUUGCAUGUGAUAUUAAUUUUUUUCUGUGAUGUGUAAUGUAUCUGUCUGUAUUAUUUUUAUCUUACUUACAUUCCAAAUUAAAGUUGUAUACAUUAUAUAUCAGUAAAUGUGCUGUAAUAAAUAAUACCUAUUUUUGCUAGAAGCUAGUAUAGACACUGUUAUACAAUAUUUUAGUGUUUGGAAUAAGUAAUUGUUCCUUCCGACUUAAAGAAACUGUAAAAGAAAAAACAGAAUUUUUAUCCUGGAUGUAGAAAUGUAGUAUUUUUUUUUUUGCAGUAAAUCAUAGAAGAAAAUAUUUAGUCAAGCAAUAUGCAUAAUGUAGAAAAAAAUGUUGAUAAACUUUUGUGUCAAAUUUUUUCAAGUCAUAUAUUCUUUCUGCAUCCAUGGUGCAGAUGCAAUAAAGACAAAAUGCAACUUUCAGCUUGACUGUUGGAAGAAUAGGUAGAGCUAUUGAACUCACCCAUUCAUCUGCAUCAGCUUUCCAAUUUGAUUAGGUUAUAUAAGUAAACUGUUAUCUCAGUAUCCACUUGAAACUUUUUAAAGUUUUUCACUGCUGCAGUGAGUUCACAGGUUUUAUAACUCUGUUUUGCUUUUUUACAGUAUGCCCCCUUUUUGACUAAACAUUUUUUGGUGUACCCGGUAAUCUGUUGUCUCAGGAAGCAUAAGAUGGGAAAGUUCUGUAACUCAGAAUUGUUUCCCCUAUGUCUAUGUAUUCAUUAUUUUAACUUUUUUAAGUGACGUUUUUGAUAGUCCAGAGUUCCAAUACUUUCACAUUGAAUGAAUAUUAAGCUGCAGUUGUAAUAUAUUGAUGAUAUUGUAUUGUAUUCCAGCAUUAAACAUUUAGGAAUUCUUGCCAGUACAAACUGUUUGGUAUUGUAUGUUUGUUUGUUUUUACAUUGAUUGUGUUAUCAAACUUGUGAAUCAUUCCGUCUUCAAUACCAUUACCAUAGGUUUAUAAUCAAAUGUACUUUAAAUUAGUAUUAUAUCUAAUCAAUCAUAUUUUGUACCACUAUUUAAUGUUAAUUCUAUUAUGCAAACCUGAAUAAAAGCAUUAAUUCA